AUGCGUACCGGAUACGGAAAGAAACAAAAAACCGCGCGUGUUGAAGAUUACGCGAUACAGUUACGUCAACCGCAGGCGCAGUUUCUGCUUCCUCAGCGUCUACCAGCCAUGAGCCUCCUUAUCACCAAGCCUGAUUUCUGGACCAACAACCGUGCAUCCAAACGUCCAGAUCGCCUGGAAACCCCAGAACGUCUAACUCAUUUACACCAGCUAACCCUGAAUCCG